CAUUAAAAAAUUGGAGGAGAGAGAAUUGAAGAGGAAACAAAGAAAGAAAGGCAUGAAUUGUGACUUGUGAGGUUGAGAAGUUGAAGAAGCGAGUGAAAUUACGUGUGCAUUUCGAGAACUUUGGAGUUUAAAGCCGUAAUUGCAUUUCACCCCCUUUUCUCUUUGAAUGAACUUGCUAUUUGCACCUCCAUUUCCCACCAACUCGGAACUCUGAUACUUUAUAUUCCAACGUUACCACAAAACCCCAAAACCCUGAAACAAAACAUGAACAGUGUUUUUCUCAAGAAUCGCUUUAAGGUUUCCCAUGUCAUCAUGUUACAGAAGCAAUUAAUAUUCACAAACCCUUCCAUUAAUCCAAUCAAACUUCAUUCUCUUCUCUGCAACAAAUUCCACUCUAAACCUUACUUUCGAUUACCAGAUUUUUUGAGAAAAACAAGACAAUAUGAAAUUUCACCAUCUUUGUUUUCUUCAUCGUUUUGUUCUUCUUCUUCUUCUUCGUCUGCUACAACAGCAUCCCCUUCCAAGGUUGGUUUUGUAGGUUGGUAUUUGGGGAUGAUAAAGAAAAACCCCAUUCUCACCAAAAGUGUUACUUCUGCACUUAUUUAUAUUGCUGCUGAUUUAUCCUCUCAGACUAUUGAGCGGCAAUCUUCAAAAUCUUUUGAUUUUAUAAGGACUUUGCGCAUGGCGGGAUAUGGGAUGAUCAUUUUAGGACCGUCACUGCAUUUCUGGUUCAAUUUUGUGUCAAAGCUUUUCCCAGGGAGGGAUCUUAUCUCUACAUUGAAGAAAAUGGUAAUGGGCCAGUCGCUUUAUGGACCUGCCAUGACUGUUGUUUUCUUCUCCCUGAAUGCUCGUUUGCAAGGUGAAAACGGUGAUGAGAUUGUUGCGCGAUUAAAGCGUGAUUUGCUUCCUACGAUGUUAAAUGGAGUCAUGUACUGGCCUAUAUGUGAUUUUAUUACUUUUAGAUUCAUUCCUGUCCAUUUACAGCCAUUAGUCAGCAAUUCAUUUUCUUACUUGUGGACCAUUUACAUGACCUAUAUGGCAAGCCUAGAGAAAGCAGUGACAACUAGCUGAUCACCGUCGGUAGUUCAUGACUGAGAUUCAGACUGACUAUUGUUUAUAGAGUUUAUCUGGACGAUGCGGUUUACAAUCAAAUCUUUUUGGGGUGUCUGUUGGGAAUGCUGAUCUCACACCAUGGCUAUACUAGUACUAAUCACAACACUCGGUUGAUACCUUUUUAUUUUUAACUUUUAUUCCUCAUUUGUAUUUGUUUGUGUAAUCCUUAUUCUUAUAUGAAUAUGAAUUGGCCAAUUCAUAGAACGGCAGAAGCUCUGUUAGAAUUUGUUAUUGAAGGUUUUAGUUCCUUAUAUUUAUCUGAAGACAUAUUUUAGUCAUA